GGAGCACAGGCAGUAUCAGCAAUAUAAUUGGACAAAUUAUUUAAGUUGGUGGCAGUGUUUUGUUUAAAUAAAUUUGCUGAUUGUAUUGACAGAGGGAAGCACCUCUAUCUGGGAUGGUCCAGAAAUGAUGAUGGCGUUAACAUGUAAACGCAGGUUGUAAUUCCUUGAAAUAGGUAGAAAUAGUGAGAAAGUUACAGUGAAAAUAAUGAUAGCAAUAAAUUCUACCAUAUGUUUUUAAUAGCACCUUAGAGCCACCAUGGCAACGUCAUCUGAAGAAGUGUUACUGAUCGUAAAGAAGGUACGUCAAAAGAAGCAGGAUGGGGCUCUCUACCUUAUGGCUGAAAGGAUAGCAUGGGCACCUGAAGGCAAAGACCGAUUCACAGUCAGCCAUAUGUAUGCAGACAUCAAAUGCCAGAAAAUCAGUCCUGAAGGUAAAGCUAAAAUUCAACUUCAGCUAGUAUUGCAUGCAGGGGACACAACCAACUUUCACUUCUCCAAUGAAAGCACAGCAGUGAAGGAGCGAGAUGCGGUAAAGGAUCUUCUUCAACAACUGUUGCCCAAAUUCAAAAGGAAAGCUAAUAAAGAACUUGAGGAGAAGAACAGAAUGCUGCAGGAAGAUCCUGUUCUGUUUCAGCUCUAUAAAGACCUUGUUGUGAGCCAAGUAAUCAGUGCUGAAGAAUUCUGGGCCAACCGUUUGAGCCUGAAUGCAGUGGAUAAUUCUGCAGCACCUACUAAGCAGGAUGUGGGCAUCUCUGCAGCAUUUCUGGCUGAUGUACGGCCUCAAACAGAUGGCUGCAAUGGUCUGAGGUACAAUUUAACUUCGGAUAUCAUUGAAUCCAUAUUUCGAACAUAUCCUGCAGUAAAAAUGAAAUAUGCAGAAAACGUUCCACAUAACAUGACAGAGAGGGAAUUCUGGACACGAUUCUUUCAGUCUCAUUACUUCCAUCGGGACAGGCUCAAUACAGGCUCAAAAGACCUCUUUGCAGAGUGUGCCAAAAUGGAUGAAAAAGGGUUAAAAACAAUGGUGUCUCAAGGAGUAAAAAACCCUCUGAUAGACUUAACAGCUUUGGAAGAUAAAACAUUAGAUGAAGGCUAUGGUGUUGCUUCUGUGGCCUCUACAUCAAAUGCCUCAAAAUCUGCUAGAGAAAGCAGCAAUGCUGCCAUUAUAAAACGCUUUAAUCAUCAUAGUGCCAUGGUCCUUGCAGCUGGCCUCAGAAAACAAGAAGCACAAAAUGACCAUUACAGUGAGACCAGCAGUACGGAUGGAAACUCCAGGGAUUCGGAUUUCUUUCAACCACCAAUGAAAAAGGUGAAACUGCAGGAGUCCAUUGAAUAUGAAGAUUUAGCAAAGAAUAAUAGCAUUAAAACUAUUGCACUAAACUUAAAGAAAUCUGAUCGGUAUUAUCAUGGUCCAACUCCAAUUCAAUCACAGCAAUAUGCAACCAGUCAGGAUAUAAUUAAUUCUUUUCAUAGUAUUAGGCAAGAAAUGGAAGCAUAUGUACCCAAACUAACUCAGGUUCUUUCAAGUGCUGAUGCUACUAGCACUAUUGCAGUCCUGUCACCUGGAGGAGCACUUAUGCAGGGUGGAACACAGCAAGCCAUAAACCAGAUGGUGCCAAAUGAUGUUCAGUCUGAACUAAAACACUUGUAUGUGGCAGUAGGGGAACUGCUACGACACUUCUGGUCCUGCUUUCCUGUUAACACGCCAUUCCUAGAAGAAAAGGUUGUGAAAAUGAGGAGUAACUUGGAAAGAUUUCAGGUUACAAAGCUUUGCCCAUUCCAAGAAAAGAUUCGGAGACAGUAUUUAAGCACAAAUUUGAUAAGUCAUAUAGAAGAGAUGCUGCAGACAGCCUACAACAAGUUCCAUACGUGGCAGUCCCGGCGUAUGCUGAAGAAGACGUGAAAGUGCAUGCUGUACAGGUUUGAGAGCAAAAUCUGCAAUAGGUAUAGGAGUACAACCUAGCACAUAUAUGCAGAUCUUAUAGUUGUUGCAGGAAGACCUGCAAGCUGUGGACUUCUGGAAAUGAUGCUAACUGAACUUGCACAUUUUUUUGAAAAAGAACAGAGUUUAAACUUGAAAACUAGGGAGAAAAACAAGGAGAACCAAAACAGAAGAGCUGAGGCGCAAAAAUAUUUAAAAGACACUGUUUACUGCAGUUACUCAGGAACUGCUUUUGAUUUGCAUAAAGAGCUGCUUUCAGAAAUAAAAACUUUAAAGAGGGUGUAUUAAUAAAA